CCAACUCUCCUUACCUCUCAUAGACAUAAUCCACAAAUAUCUGUGAGACGAAGCGAGGUGGUUUAUUUUUAGGAAAACAAGAAAAAUACAGAAAUCAUGAGUGAUAGGAAAGCCGUCAUCAAGAAUGCCGACAUGGCUGAAGACAUGCAGCAGGACUCUGUUGACUGCGCAACACAAGCUCUAGAAAAGUACAACAUCGAGAAGGACAUUGCUGCCUACAUCAAGAAAGAGUUUGACAAAAAGUACAACCCAACCUGGCAUUGCAUUGUUGGACGCAACUUCGGGAGCUAUGUAACACACGAAACCAAGCAUUUCAUUUACUUCUACCUCGGACAGGUCGCCAUUCUGCUCUUCAAAUCCGGAUAAGCUUCGCCAUCUUAUAUGCUUUCAAUCAACAUUCAUUGGAGGAGUUUUUGGCAAAAGUGGUAAAUACGCAGUACAAGACAGAUGUCAGUAGACUGCCACCACCGAAAUAUCUGACCACUGGAAGACCAAAGACUGCAGUGUUGUUCCUUGCUAUUUAUAUUAUAGGAAUAUGUUUCUAUUGUUUACUUGCAUUUUGUUAAAUAUACAUGUUUACACAGAUCCAGGUUACUGAUUUAUAGUGUUAUUUGAUAUGAACGAUCUUACACAACAUAGGCAUUAGAAUAAAAAUAUUGCGAUCAAAUCAGAAA